UUAACGCUGUGCAGCAGCGCCGGUUUCCGUGGCAACAGGAAAGCGCGGGAAUUACGGAUAAAUUGAAACUGCAACUGUGCGGUGGAAGCUCGCUGAGGCUUCCUGGAACGAGAGCCGUCCAGGGGGUUUCUCAGACCACUGGAUUCCUGGGUUCAGGAAGCUCGUUUGCUUUGCUCUAGUUUAUUGGAACAGAAAGAAAUGGAUUUAUCUUCAGUUCACGUUGAAGAAGUACAAAAUGUCCUUAACGCUAUGCAGAAGAUCUUAGAAUGUCCAAUCUGUCUGGAGCUGAUCAAGGAACCUGUUUCUACAAAGUGUGACCACAUAUUUUGCAAGUUUUGUAUGCUGAAACUUCUCAACCAGAAGAAAGGGCCUUCACAGUGUCCUUUGUGUAAGAAUGAUAUAACCAGAAGAAGCCUACAAGAAAGUACAAGAUUUAGUCAACUUGUUGAAGAGCUGUUGAAAAUCAUUCAUGCUUUUGAACUUGAUACAGGAUUGCAGUUUACAACCAGUUACAGCUUUUCAAAAAAGGAAAAUAACUCUCCUGAACAGCUAAAGGAGGAAGUUUCUAUCGUCCAAAGCAUGGGCUUCCGAAACCGUGCCAAAAGACUUCGACAGGGCGAACUUGAAGAUCCUACCUUGCAGGAAGCCAGCCUUAGUGUCCAACUCUCUAACCUUGGAAUUGUGAGAUCUCUGAGGACAAAGCAACAGAUGCAGCCUCAAAAUAAGUCUGUCUACAUUGAACUGGGAUCUGAUUCUUCUGAAGAUACAGUUAAUAAGACAAGUUAUUGCAGUGCAAAAGACCAAGAAUUGUUACAAAUCACUCCUCAAGGAGCCAGAAUUGAAGCCAGCUUGGAUUCUGCAAAAAACGCUGCUUGUGAGUUUUCUAAGAAGGACAUAACAGAUACUGAACAUCAUCAAUCCAGUAAUAAAGAUCUGAACACCACUGAGAAGCAUGCAACUGAGAGGCAUACAGAAAAGUAUCAGGGUAUUUCUGUUUCAAACUUGCAUGUGGAGCCAUGUGGCAUAAAUACUCAUGCCAGCUCAUUACAGCAUGAGAACAGCAGUUUAUUACUCACUAAGGACAGAAUGAAUGUAGAAAAGGCUGAAUUGUGUAAUAAAAGCCAACAACCUGACUUAGCAAGGAGCCAGCAGAGCAGAUGGACUGAAAAUAAGGAAACAUGUAAUGAUAGGCAGAUUCCCAGCACAGAAAAAAAGGUAGAUCUAAAUGCUGAUCCCCUGUGUGGAAAGAAAAAACAAGCUAAGCAGAAACCUGUAUGUUCUAACAGUCCUAGAGAUGACCAAGAUUCUCCUUGGAUAACUCUAAAUAGUAGCAUUCAGAAAGUUAAUGAGUGGUUUUCCAGAAGUGAUGAAAUGUUAACUUCUAACGACUCACAUGAUGGUGAGUCUGAAAUAGCUGGUGCAUUCGAAGUUCCAAAUAAAGUAGAUGAAUAUUCUGGUUCUUCAGAAAAAAUAGACUUAAUGGCCAACGAUCCUCAUGAUGCUUUAGUAAGUAAAAGUGAAGGAAUCUACUCCAAACCAGUAGAGGGUAAUAUUGAAGAUAAAAUUUUUGGGAAAACCUAUCGGAGGAAAGCAAGUCUUCCUAACUUGAGCCGUGUAACUGAUGAUCUAAUUAGAGGGGCAUUUGUUACAGAGCCUGAGAUAACUCGAGAGCGUCCCUUCACAAAUAAAUUAAAGCGUAAAAGGAGAACUAUAUCAGGCCUUCAUCCUGAAGAUUUUAUCAAGAAAACAGAUUUGCCAGUUGUUCAAAAGACUCCUGAAAAGAUAAAUCAGAGAACUGACCAAAUAGAGCGUAAUGGUCAGGUGGUGAGUAUUGCUGAUAGUGGUAAUGAGAAUGAAACAAAAAGUGAUUAUAUCCCGAAAGAGAAAAAUGCUAACCCAAUGGAAUCAUUAGAAAAAGAAUCUGCUCUCAGAACUAAAGCUGAGCCCAUAAGCAGCAGUGUAAGCAAUGUGGAACUAGAAAUAAAUAACCACAGUUCAGAAGCACCUAAGAAGAAUAGGCUGAGGAGGAAGUUCUCUGCUAGGCAUAUUCGCACACUUGAACUAAUAGGCAAUAAAAGUCCAAGCCCACCUAAUCGUACUGAACUACAAAUUGACAGUUAUUCUAGCAGUGAAGAGAGAACGAAAAAGGGUGAGCAAAUGCCAGUUGGACACAGCAGAAAGUUUCAACUUGGGGAAGAGAAAGAACCUACAACUGGAGCCAAGAAAAAUAACCAGCCAAAUACAGAAAUAAGUGAAAGACGUGCCAGUGGUGUUAUCCCAGAUCUGAAGUUAACAAACAUACCUGGUUUUUUUACAAACUCUUUGAGUUCUAAUAAACUUCCAGAAUUUGUCCAUCGUAGCCUUCAAAGAGAAAAAGUAGAAGAGAACCAAGAAACAAUUCAAGCAUCCAGUAGUACCAAAGAUCUGGUAUUAAGGGGAGAAAGGGGUUUGCAAGAUGUAAGGUCUGCAGAGAGUACCAGUAUUUCUUUGGUACCUGAUACUGACGAUGGCACCCAAGAUAGCAUCUCAUUACUAGAUACUAACCCCUUAGCUAGGAAGGCAAAAACAGCACCAAAUCAAUGUGUGAAUCAGAGUGAGACAACUGAAAACCCCAAGGAACUUAUACACAGUUGUUCCAAAAUUACUAGGAAUGAAGGCUUCAAGGAUCCAUUGAAACGUGAAGUUAAUCUUAUUCAGGAGAUGAGUGUAGAAAUGGAGGAGAGUGAACUUGAUACUCAGUAUUUACAGAAUACAUUCAAGAGUUCAAAGCGUCAGUCAUUUGCUCUGUCUUCAAAUCCAGGAAAUCCAGAAAAGGAACAUGUCUGUGUUAAAGAAGAAAGUCUGAAAGAGUCUAACAUCAAACAUAUACAGGCAGUUAGUACCACGGUUUUUCAGAAAGAUAAGCUAGGUGAUUUUGCUAAAUCUGGCAUUAAAGAAGUCCCUAGACUUUGUCCAUCAUCUCAGUUCAGAGGCAAUGAAACUGAUCUCAUUACUGCAAAUAAACCUGAAGUUUCACAAAACCCGUAUCAUAUGCCAUUACUUUAUCCUGUCAAGUCACCUAUUAUAACUAAAAGUAAGAAAAACCUGUCAGAGGAAGGGUUUGAGGAACAUGCAAUGUUACUUGAAAGAGCAAUGGAAAAUGAGAACAUCAUUCAAAGUACAGUGAGCACAAUUAGCCAAGAUAACAUUAGAGAAGGUGCUUUUAAAGAAGCCAGCUCAAGCAGUAUUAAUGAAAUAGGUCCUAGUACUAAUGAAGGAAGCUCUAGUAUUAAUGAGGUGGGUUCCAGUGGUGAAAACGUUCAAGCAGAACUAGGUAAAAAGAGAGGAUCUAAAUUAAAUGCUGUGCUUAGAUUAGGUCUUAUGCAACCCGAAGUCUAUAAGCAAAGUCUUCCUUUAAGUAAUCGUAAUGAUCCUGAAACAAAAAGACAAGAAAAAAAUGAAGGAGGAGUUCAGGCUAUUAAAGAUUUACCUCCAUGUCUAAUUUCAGCUAAUCUAGAGCAACCUAUGGAAAGUAGCCAUGCUUCUCAGAUUUGUUCUGAGACACCUGAUGAUCUGUUAGAUGAUGAUGAAGGAAAAGAAAAUAGCUUUGCUGAGGUUGAUGUUAAGGAAAGAUCUGCUGUUUUUGGCAAAACUGUCCAGAGAAGAGAGUUAAGAAGGAGCUCUAGCCCUUUAACCCGUGCAUGUUUGGCUGAGGGUCAGCAAACAGGAGCUCAGAAAUUAGAUUCAUCAGAGAACCUAUCUAGUGAGGAUGAAGAACUUCCCUGCUUCCAACACUUAUUAUUUGGUAAAGUAAAUGGCACACCUCAGUCUACCAGACAUAGCACUGUUGCUGCAGAGUGUUUAUCUAAGAAAACAGAGGAGGACCUAGUAGCAUUGAAAAAUAGCUUAAAUGACUGCAAUGACCAGGAAAUACUGACAAAGACAUCCCAGGAACAUUACCUUAGUGAGGAAGCAAAGUAUUCUGUUAGUUUAUUUUCCUCACAGUACAGUGUAUUAGAAGACGUGACGACAAAUAAGAAUACACAGGAUCCCUUCUUGAUGCUUUAUCCUCCUUCCAAACAAAUGAGGCCGUGCUCUGAAAACCAGGAAGUUGUUCUGAGUGACAAGGAAUUGAUUUCAGAUGAUGAAGAAAGGGAACCUGGCCUGGAAGAUGAUUACCAAGAAGAGCAGAGUUUGGAUUCAAACUUAGGUGAAGCAGCAUCUGAGUAUGAAAGUGAAACAAAUCUCUCUGAAGACUGCUCAGGACUAUCCUCUCAGAGUGAUAUUUUAACCACUCAGCAGAGGGAUACCAUGCAAGAUAACCUGAUAAAGCUCAAGCAGGAAAUGGCAGAACUAGAAGCUGUGUUAGAGCAGCAGGGGAGCCAGGCUUCUAACAGCUCCCUUUCACUGGUAGCUGACUCUUGUGACUCCGACCCCGAGGAUCUCCUAAAUCCAGAACAAAACACAUCACCAAAAGCAGAAUUAACUUCAGAGAAAAGUAAUGAAUAUCCUGUAAGCCUGAAUCCAAAAAACCUUUCUGCUAACAAGUUGCAAGGAUCUCCAGAGAGUUCCACUAGUAAAAAUAAAGAGCCAGAAGUGAAAAGGUCUAGAAACUGCUUGUCUCAAGAGGGGCUCGUUAAGGUUGUUGAUGUAGAGGAGCAACAACUGGAAAAGUCUGGACCACAUGAUUUAAAGGAGAAGACUUACUUGCCAAGACAAGAUCUAGAAGGAAGCCCUUACCUGGAAUCUGGAAUCAGUCUCUUCUCUGAUGACCCUGAAUUUGAUCCCCCUGAAAAGAGAGCCCCAGAGCCAGCUCAUGUUUACAACAUGCCAGCUUCCAUCUCUACAUUGAAAUCAUCCCAACUUCAAGGUGCAGAUUCUGCCAAGAGUCCAGCUGCUGCUCGUACUACUAAUACUGCUGGAGACGCUGUGAGGGAAGAAAGCAAGAGCAGGGAGAAUCCAGAACUGACAUCUUCAGCAGAAAGAGUCGGCAAAAGAAUAUCCAUGGUGGUGUCGGGCUUGACCCCAAAAGAAUCUAUGCUUGUGCAGAAGUUUGCCAGAAAAAACCACAUUGCUUUUACUAAUGCAGUUACUAAAGAAACUACUCAUGUCAUUAUGAAAACGGAUGCUGAGUUUGUGUGUGAACGGACACUGAAAUAUUUUCUGGGAAUUGCAGGAGGAAAAUGGGUAGUUAGCUAUUUCUGGGUGACCCAGUCUAUUAAAGAAAAAAAGAUGCUGGAUGAGCACGCUUUUGAAGUCAGAGGAGAUAUCAUCAAUGGAAGAAACCACCAAGGUCCAAAGCGAGCAAGAGAAUCCCCGAACAGAAAGAUCUUCAAGGGCCUAGAAAUUUGUUGCUAUGGACCCUUCACCAACAUGCCCACAGAUCAGCUGGAGUGGAUGGUGCAGCUGUGUGGGGCUUCAGUGGUGAAGGAGCUUUCCUGUUUCAGCGUUGGCACAGGUGCUCACCCAGUUGUGGUCGUGCAGCCAGACGCCUGGACAGAGGACGAUGGCUUCCAUGCAAUUGGGCAGUUGUGUGAAGCACCUGUGGUGACACGAGAAUGGGUAUUGGACAGCGUAGCCCUCUACCAGUGCCAGGAGCUGGACACCUACCUGGUACCCCAGAUCCCCCAGAGCCGCUGCUGAUUGCAGGCAGCCUCAUAUCAAAAGCCACAAGAGUCCAACAGUCAGCUUAGACAGCCUUUAGGGACCCUGGGAGCUUGUUUCACUCUUUAGCCCUUCCACAGUCCUAGUUACUAAAUAUUUUAUGAACAUUGGCCUGAAAGGACUUCUGGCUAUGCAAAGGUCCUUUAAAGAUUUUCUACUUUAAGUCUCCCUUUGAAAUCUGCCAUGAGAACAAAAUUAUAGUAAUUUUUCACCUCAGAAGAAUUUAAAACCGUUUAAACCUCAACAAUUGAGCAAGAUGCUAAUUCAUUAUUUAUCAGCCCUAUUUCUUGUAUUAAGGCUGUUGACUUAAGGCCAAAGGAUGGCUUGGCAUUAAGAGAAUAGCUGGUUUCCUAAAGUUUGCUUCUCUAAAACCUUCUGUUCAUAAAGGCUAGAAGUUGACACUUCCAUGGAAGGAGAGUGCUUGGGAUUUUUUGAUAUGACUUAAAAUCAUGCAGCAGUUGGAGUGGAGCAUUGGAGUUAUAUUCAGAGGCAGAUAAUGGAUAAGAGUAUGAAACUCGAUGGUUAAAUAGAGCUCUUCUCCAAAAGUCUGGGCUUCUAAAGAAUGUGCUCCUUGGGGCCAGCCCAUAGUAGUUCAGUGCAAUACAUAGGGAGCUAGAUCCCACAUGGCCAUCCACAGUUUGAACCCCAGCCCCAGUGACUUGGA